GUUUUAGGCCUUGUGGUCUUCCUACUUCCCUUUGCCCCCCCUUCUCUUCGGACAGCUGUUAUGCCAAUACACAUAUAUUCAGGUCUUCUCAUCUUUGGAACAGGGAUUGCCACAGCCCUAAUGGGAAUUACAGAAAAACUUUUUUUUAGUCUGAAAACACCUCCCUAUAGCAGUUUCCCAGAAGAAGGUAUUUUUGUCAAUGCUCUGGGUGUCCUGAUUGUCGCCUAUGGGGCUGUAAUUUUGUGGAUAGCUACAAGGCCUCAAUGGAAGCGCCCACCCGAACACAUUUUCCUAGCCCAUCAAAGAAUUGGAGAAGAACUCAGUGAUGAUGACUGUCAUAAUCCAGAUUUGGAGUUCAACAGUGAUGGAGCUGCUAGGAAAAGAAAUCCCAAACCUGAUGAAGUUGGACAGAGAUCAACUACGUAAAGAAAGUAUAUAACAACAUUUGCAAUGAAGAAAACUCACUCACCCUAUUCUCUCCCAGCUCUUCGACACAUUAUACUUUGCUUUAUUAAAGAAUUUUCUGAAUAAAUGAGAAGAGUUAGUAAAGGCUAAUUUUAGAAAUAUCUAUGUUCAUAUGGUGCCACUAUGGUAACUUGUACUGUAUUUCUUGAUAAUUUUGG